GCUCGCCGAGCCGUGCUUCCUCGCCCCGCGGUCCUGCGUGGACACAAGAGACCGUGUCCCACACAAACAUGGAGGGACGGGAGGCUGGGAGGAGACACGCCUCCGGGUGACAGCCCCGCGAGUGACAGGACCGGGCGGCGUGCCCGGCUCAAAGAUGGCCGCCGGCGGCUUCGGUGUGGUCGGAGGCACCACUGAGGAGGUGACUCCUCCCCUCCAGCAAUGCUUCAUGAUCCCCAAAAAGGAGAUAAACAUGGUUUCUGACAUGGCCAAGUGGAAGCGUUCUCAGGCAUAUGCGGAUUACAUGGGCUUCAUCCUCACUCUGAAUGAAGGUGUCAAGGGCAAGAAGCUGACCUGCGAAUACAAGGUUUCAGAGCCCAUUGAAAAGCUGGUGGCUCUCCUGAACACCCUUGACAGAUGGAUUGAUGAAACCCCACCAGUGGAUCAACCCUCUCGCUUCGGGAACAAAGCCUUCAGGACCUGGUAUGCCAAACUAGACCAGGAAGCAGAGAAGUUGGUGGCAACAGUGAUUCCCAAGCAUUUGGCUGCUGCUGCGCCAGAAGUGGCUGUGUACUUGAAGGAAUCCGUGGGGAAUUCCACCCGCAUUGACUAUGGCACAGGUCACGAAGCUGCAUUUGCAGCCUUUCUCUGCUGCCUCUGCAAAAUCGGUGUGCUCAGAGUGGAUGACCAGAUGGCCAUUGUCUUUAAAGUAUUUAACAGGUACCUCGAAGUGAUGCGAAAACUUCAGAAGACCUACAGGAUGGAGCCUGCUGGCAGCCAGGGCGUGUGGGGCUUGGAUGACUUCCAGUUUCUACCUUUCAUAUGGGGCAGUUCCCAGCUGAUAGACCAUCCAAGUCUGGAGCCUCGACACUUUGUUGAUGAGAAGGUGGUAAAUGAAAACCAUAAGGACUUCAUGUUCCUGGAGUGCAUCCUGUUCAUUACAGAGAUGAAGACGGGUCCCUUUGCUGAGCACUCCAACCAGCUCUGGAACAUCAGCGCCGUGCCCUCCUGGUCCAAGGUCAACCAGGGCCUCAUCCGCAUGUACAAGGCAGAGUGCCUGGAGAAGUUUCCUGUGAUCCAGCACUUUAAGUUCGGCAGCCUGCUCCCCAUCCAGCCUGUGACGUCCUAAGGAGGCCGCAGGAGGAGCGGAGGCAGCGGAGGCAUAGCACAGCGCUCUUCCUCCUCCCCUCACCCCCUCCUCAUCACCGUGCCCGUCACACGCAGCCCGUUCCUUCCUGCACAUCCUCAUCAGCAACCACAGACCCAAAGCACUCGCUGGCCUUGCAUGGGAGAUGGGACACGGAGCAGCUCCUCCUGCACGUCCCCAGCACGUGGAUGUGUCGCCAGCGCCCAAGCCGGGGCUGUGCUUCUCUCUGCUGCGCCCGCGGGCAGCGUGGCUGCUGUGAAUGGGGUUUGAGUAGGGGCUGCCUUGUAGCAAAGCCCCUCUGCUUCUCAUGGUGUGGGGGGGAGGAAGGCACGUGUGUAUGUGUCGGGCAGUGGUAACUGCAAUUUCCCUUUUGAAUUUCAUUGACGUUUCCUGUUGCUGUUUGGUUUGGGAAACCAGUGCGAGGGGCGAGGUGUGAGCCUGCGCUGUCUGUGCGCAGCCACCUCUGCUCACACGGGGAGGGCUGGAAUGGGGAAAGGGAGUUGUAGGGAAUGUCUGUGGGUUGCUGGAAGCCCAGGGUUCACCUUUCCCUUCUUGUGGAUAAUGAAAGCCCCCUCCCUCCGUCUCUUCUGCAAGGUUCCCUGGGUCUUUCUUUCCCAACACCGCCUCUUCUCUUGGGUGAAGCUGAGGAUCUUUUGUGGGCUGUGGGGGGCUGAGCUGGCUCUGGAGCCGGAGCCAAGUUCCCUGAGGGACCCUGCUCUGUGGGAACAGCUAUGGAAAGACACUGCUCAAGCGGUGCCUGCUGAGGCUCCCUCUUAACGGGCACAAAACCUCACACCUUCAUCACUGGGUCCAACCUGCCCUCUGUACUCCCUGCUUCCUCCUCUGUGCUUUGCUGCCCUGGGGCUGGGCUGGCCUCAGUGGCACGAGGUGACAGUGGUUGCUACUGCUUGGUCAUAAAUUGUAGUGACAGCCCCAGAGCAAAGGGAUUUCCCCUCGAAGCAGCGUGUUCCCCAGCUCUUUUAGGGAGGCAUCCCCAGAGCGAAGGCAGCAUGAGGGGGCAAGCAUGCAGCUUUCCAUGUGUUUAUAUACUUGUGCUGAAACAAAAGGCAUAAAUAGUCUGGCAUAGCAGGUUAUACCUGGAGAAAGCUCUUUCUCUUUGUCAUUCCCUGCUGGUGUUGCUGUGCUGGACCUCGGGGAAGAGGGACCACACUUCCAGUGCCAAGAGCAGCAGCAUCUCGAAGGCAGGUGAAUGGAUGGAGAUGUGGUCCAGAUCAUGCCAGCAACAUCACUUGGGGGCCAGGAACAGCUGGUGCUGGGUUUGAGAUGAGCUGAUGUGGAUUGACCAAGGUGAUCCAUAGCUUUGCAUCUGGAGAGGGGAUGUUCCUUUUUGGGGGGCUCCCAGGCUGGGAGUGGGGGACACAGGGCUCUGGUGUGGUGUUUGCAGCAGGGAUCCUUUCCCUGGCAGUCCCACAGUGGUGGUGGUGGUGGGGAACCUGCUUGUGGCUUCUUAGCUUCAGUUUGUAUUUUAUUCACUAUUUUCUUUUUGUUAGACCUGCUUGCUCCUCUUGUAAAGGUUCCUAGGGGAGGGAGAGCAAGAAAAGGGUCUGAAUAGAGGCAGUGAAAUGCAGGUGUCUGCAGAGCUAAAGCAGAGCUCUCUGGCACUGCUGCUGUCCCGUCUGCUUCUGGCUCGGCCCUGGGCAGGGACAAGGAUCUUUUGACCUGCUGAAACAACCCUAUAAACUUGCAUUUGGAAUGAAACUGGAA